UUGCCACACGUACCCGACUCGAAAAAAAUAUUCACGCGAACGCGUGUGUUCCGUCGCGUUUACUGAACGAUCUGAAUCGAUUUCUUCCCAUUUCACUCGUGGCGUAUGCAACACUGACAAUUCGUGCGUAUAAAGUGCUUGAAAACAAGAAAAGAAAGAAAGAAAGGGUGCAGAUAUGUCUUUCCGUGUUGUGCGCAGCAGCAAGUUUCGCCACGUGUACGGAACGCCUUUAAAACGCGAACAAUGUUACGACAAUAUAAGGGUGUCUAAGUCUUCAUGGGACUCAACCUUUUGUGCCGUGAACCCAAAGUUCCUCGCCAUCAUUGUGGAAUCCGCGGGUGGUGGUGCUUUCAUAGUCUUGCCUCAUAACAAAGUAGGACGAAUACCAGCAGAUUAUCCUUUAGUUGGUGGACACAAAGGUCCUGUAUUAGAUAUUGCAUGGUGCCCUCAUAAUGAAAAUGUCAUAGCAUCUGGAUCUGAAGACUGUGUAGUUAAAGUAUGGCAAAUACCCGAUGGCGGUAUUUCCAAGACAUUAACCGAAUCAGUGGUAGACCUUCAGUUGCAUCAGCGCAGAGUUGGUCUCGUUUUAUGGCAUCCAUCUGCUCUGAACGUGCUAUUAACAGCUGGAUCAGACAAUCUUGUCUUGAUUUGGAACGUUGGUACUGGGGAAGCCAUGGUACGAAUAGACUGUCAUCCAGACAUGAUUUAUUCUGCCUGCUGGAACUGGGAUGGAUCCAGAUUAGUCACUACAUGUAAGGAUAAAAAAAUUCGUAUUUUGGAUCCAAGAUCAGGAGAAAUAAUAGAAGAAGCUAUUGCGCACGAAGGUAGUAAAGCAACACGUGCAAUCUUUCUUAGGGGAGGCUUGAUCUUUACCACAGGUUUCAGCAAAAUGUCUGAGAGACAAUAUUCGCUGCGCGCCCCUGACAUGUUAGGUGAACCUAUAGUUAUGGUAGAAUUGGAUACGAGUAAUGGAGUUAUGUUUCCCCUAUACGAUCCUGAUACGAAUCUAGUUUACUUAUGUGGGAAGGGUGAUUCUGUGAUUCGAUAUUUUGAAAUUACACCCGAACCUCCUUUUGUUCACUAUAUCAAUACGUUUCAAACUCCUGAUCCUCAACGAGGUAUAGGAAUGAUGCCAAAACGAGGCUGUGAUGUUAAUAGCUGUGAAAUAGCUAGAUUUUACCGACUCAACAAUUCAGGCUUUUGCCAGGUUAUUUCUAUGACGGUACCAAGAAAGUCUGAACUUUUCCAUGAAGAUUUAUAUCCAGAUACUCCUGGUGACACUGCUGCAAUUUCGGCGGAGGAAUGGGAAAGUGGAACAGACGGGGAUCCUGUGCUGAUAUGUUUGCGAGACGGUUAUCAACCUUCGGUAGCCAAAAAUGAACUUAAAGUUCAUAAAAAGUCAAAUAUUCUCAGUAAAGGAGCAAAGGUUGCUUCUAAUUCUGCGCAAAAUGCUACACAGGCGUCGGCAGGCAUUACAGAGGAGAUGCUGAAGGAAUUUACCGAAGAAAUAAGAAAAUUAAAAGCAGUGAUUGUAAAACACGAGGGAAGGAUACGGGUGCUCGAGUCUGCUGUAGCUCUUCAAAUGAAAGAAGAAGAACGAAAAGAGAAAUCGUCUUCGCCAGCUGAAAGAGAGGUGCUUGCAUCUGACGAGGUUUAAUCUUUGAAUUAUAUUUUUAGCUCGCAAAAAAAAAAAUAAUACGACAAGAUAACUAAUUGUGUAAUAAAAAAAUGAUCAUAUAUUUUGAUAUAACAAUUUGUGUAAAUAGUAGGUUUUAGCUACGUUGUGUGUCUUGAUUCUUUGAAAUGAUCUUUGCUAUUUAUUGUACAUCCAUUCAUCAUACAUCUUUUGCAUUUGUACUAUGUUUACAUCUUUUAUUUUAUUAGAUCAUAGCCGACACGUGACAUCGCCUGUUUGCUAGCAUUAAGAUAUAAUGUCUAGUAAUCUCUCGAAACUUUUAUGUAUAUUCAACUUUAUAAGCAUAAACGAGUGCCUAAUUUGUACAGAUAUUUCAUUGUAAAAUAACGAAUGAUUAUUUUAUUUUGGUAUAACAUUUAUGUGAAUACCUGUAACUUUUCUCGGACAGAUGCGUAAUUUAUGUGGAAAUUAUGCGACAUAAAAUUAAUUAAAACAAAAAAUAAUCGCUAUUUUACAAACACUGUGCAAAUAACAAAUAAUAAGAUAUUAAGUAUUUUUGACUAAUCUGUUUUUUCGAAUAUCGUAAAA